CCUGACCUAAACGGGAUGGAAAAGAAGGAUAAAAAGUUUAAAUUAUUCGCCACAAGAGACAGUGUGAGACAUGGUCACAAGGAUAAGGAGAAGCGUGAUGGAAGGAAGGGAUCUGAUGCUCAGGUUAGCGCUGCACUGUGGCUCGAAAAACUCACCAACGAGGAGAUUGAACAGCAAUUUAAUCUGAUGCUGGAGGACAUGAAUUUGAGCGCGGAGCAAGCGAAAUCGCUUCAUGACAAACCAAUCAAAUUCAAGCACGACAUGUUGUUGAAUCAUCGAGCAAAUUUAACUUCUUCGAAGAACAGCGGUCCCGAUCACUUCAUUGAGAUACUACGAAACCCACACAACUUUUCCGUCAAACACUUGCAACACACUUUCGACGACUUGAUGGUUAGAUUGCGCAGUAACGGUGUCAGCUGGAUUAAAAGUUUCAACAGUCCCGAGAAUGAAGGUCUGGAUUGUCUGCUCCGAUUCCUUGCUCGUGCGUUGGCUGGCUACUAUCCGGGGUGUGCAUUGUACUGCCUGCGUUGCAUUCGUCUAUUUGGCAAUUGCGGAUACGGUAUAUACGCCCUGGUUGAUCAUGAAACCGCGUCUACCUUCAUCGCACGGUGCUUGGAGACAGAUCAACCACAGAUGAUGGAUUGUGCAAUCGAAUUACUCUCUAGCAUCGCAUUGUGCGAUGCGAAGGGUUACCAAAAAGUGAUCGAGGGUCUGACCUACAAUGCAGAGUUAUCUGGUACUCCAGGUGAUCGAUUUGUCCCACUAUUGAAAGCCCUGGAUUCACCUGAUUUGGCCCGAGUUUCUUUGCAACUGAUCAACGUGUUGGUCAAUCGUGGUUGUCUGACCGACAUUUCAUUUGAUGUGGACUAUCGCAUCCACCUUCGCCUGGAGUUAAAUCAGUUGGGCAUUGGAGAGAGGCUACAGAAGCUGAGCCAGUCGCCAGACGAGGGUAUUCAAAAGCACAUUUCCAUAUACCAGUCCAAAGCAGAGGAAGAUAUGGAUGCGUUGUUUGACCGUUUUGAUGCGGUCAAAUGUGACCUGGAUGAUGCGAAUCAAGUGUUUCAGCUCAUCAAUCGAACACUUUCGGGCACAAAAUCCGAAACGAAGUUCCUUUCUUUGCUUCAGCAUUUGCUCUUUGUUCGCGAUGAACCUUAUCGAUUGGCUUACUUCAUGAUCCUGGAGGAACUUGUCAGUCAAGUGGUGAUGCAGGUAGAUGGUUUUGAUCCGGACCCCCGCCACGCUAUACUGCGACUGGAUGUGGAAGCGACAGUUGCGGCCUUGUUGGAAGAAGCGAAGCAAACAGAUUCAUCAGAACGUGAUAGUGAGCUGCAAAAGAAGUUAGACCAGGCAUUGCGGGCCAAACUGGAAGCCGAGGCGACUAUCCACACUUUGCAGAAACAGUUGGAAGCAUAUGGCGCUCCUCCUGAUGGUAAGGUCAAGGCUCCAGAGGGCCUGGAGGAUAAACUCCGCCCCCCACCAGGCGGGGUCAUCCCUACUCCACCUCCCCUGAGCGGUGCCCCGAUCCCUCCUCCUCCUCCAUUGGGUGUUGGCCCCAUUCCUCCUCCACCUCCUUUGCCUAGUGGCCUUAUUCCCCCUCCACCUCCUCUUAAGAGCUCGGCAAUCCCGCCACCGCCCCCACUUCCUGGCGCAUCUGUCCCUCGUCUACCUCCACCUCCGCCCUUGGGAGUCAAGGCACCACCUUCUGCUCCGACUGUUGCAGCGCUUCCGUUUGGAAUGAAGUUGAAAAAAACGUAUUCCACUGACGUUCCUUUAAAGAAGGCCAACUGGGACAAAAUCACCCCCGAUAAGUUGUCACCUGACUCGAUCUGGGUUCAUUUGAGGGAAGAUGAGAUGGAGUCAGAUGAGCUUUUUGAAACAUUGAAAGCACAAUUUAGCACCAAACCCGUGAAAAUGCUCAUCAAUCAUAAGUCUACAGUUAAUGGUACUGAUUGUAUGGGCGGACCUGCUUAUGCGAAAAAGGCCAAAUCUCUACGGUUCCUGGAUAGUAAAACAGCUCAAAAUUUGUCCAUUCUCCUUGGGUCACUCAAAGUGUCUCACCUGGAAAUGCGCCGGCGGUUAAUUACUAUCGACGAGACACUACUCACCCCAGACGUCGUAGAUCAGUUGCUCAGAACCUUACCUGAAGAGUCUGUGAUCAGUCAAAUUGUCGGACUUAAAGAUGAAUUGGACGAUCUCUCUGAUCCAGAGCAAUUUUUAUGUGUUAUUGGAAGCAUCAAGAAACUAAUUCCGCGUCUGAAUGCCAUUCUGUUCAAGUUACGCUUCGAUGAGAAACGAGAUGAGCUCAAACCGGACAUCGUGGACGCUGACGAGGCGCUUCGGGAAAUUCGAUCCAGCAGACACCUACGGCGCAUUCUGGAAUUGGUUUUACUACUCGGCAACUACAUGAACGCAGGAUCUCGGAACGCCCAGUCCUUGGGAUUUCAAAUCAGUUUUUUAACCAAACUGGAAGCCACCAAGGAUGUGGCUAAUCAAAAGACCUUGUUGCAUUUCAUCGCGGCAUACUUGGAUGACAAGUUUCCGGAAACCGCUAAAGGUAUCAUUGAGGAUCUUUCUCACAUCGACCGAGCGUGCCGUUAUUCUGAGGACAAUACAAAGGCCAGCAUUGCGGAGAUGAAAAAGUCCCUAACAGGUAUUGAGAAUGAGCUACGCACUUACAAACCACAAGAGCCGGACGACGCAUACUUCGACGUAAUGUCCGCAUUUUGUAAAACUGCCCGCGGUCAGCUGAAUCAACUCGAAACUAUGUUUGACUGUUUGAAAGAUCGUUUCGAAGGUGUGUCUAAGUACUUGACUUUUGAUCCAAAUAAGUAUCACAUUGAAAAUUUGUUCAGUGAUAUGAAAGUGUUUCACUCUGCUUACGUUCGCGCUUCACAGGACAACGCCAAGCGACGGGCUUUGGAGGAAAGACGCCGCAAAGCUGCCGAAGAGCAGUUGCGUCGUGAGCAAGAGAAGGAGGCGAAGGCGCAUGGUGCCAUAUUGGCUACCGGUCAUCGUGGACCUGCCGAAGAAGAAGACAAUGUCAUAGACAAUCUGAUGGAGGCCUUGAAAUCAGGUGCCGCAUUCGGGGACGGUAGUCGUACGGGUGCCCCAAGACGCCCAAGAACUAGGGCACCCGCUUCUAUGGUGUCUUCUUCACCAUCCGCUCCUUUGAAUGUAACAAAACACAAACCGCUCAAUCGCGACCGGUCCAGAAAUUAUGGUGACCUGGCUCCGAAAAUGGUUGAUGUCUCGUAACGCGUUCUAUAGUGGCUUCCAUUUCUUUCGCUGUACAUUUUGUCAGCUGGGUCAUUUCUCACCUGUUCUGUUUUGAAUGCACAAACGGAACUUUAUUCUCGAAGCGCCAGCCUGGAUUAGUAUUUGUGCCUAACGUGUGCCUCCGCUCCCUUAUUGUUUCCGUAACGUCGUCCUCCAUGCCCUUGAGCACAUUCAGUACAGGAUGCAUCAGAUUUAACGCACUGUUCUAUCUCAUCAGUGAAUAGUGGUGUCGAUUUUUUAGCACUUGUGAUUUUUUUAAAACUUGGAACCUUUGAAAUCUGAUUCGACCCUCAUUUUGUUUGCUUCACACUGACCAAACGAUGCUUUCAGAUGAAUAUUUGUUUAACUCAAUGCGACAUCUUUUUUCAAAUCGCAUUGUACCCUGCUAUUUUUUCACAUCAUUUGCGUGUGCGAAUCUGUAUAUAAACAAUGAUCGAGACGGUUUCCUCCUUGAUUUCAUUCGUAUUCAUUGUUUGAUAUCGCGGCACCAGUUUUUCGCUUUUAGUACGUCGCAUGCCUCUCCGUUCUGUCUGUAACACAGCGACUCGUGAUUGCAACGUACGCAUGUGAGGUGGCCCAUCCACCACAUUUCAUCACUUACCGCGCGCGCGCGCUAUCCCGGUGCCCAUAAUCACCAUCACCGAUUACUCACGUUGCUUUCUCUCCUGACUCGGAUUCGUUACACAUUGAAAGAUCAUGCUUUCUAGGCACCCGAUGAGUUUUGUUUCAUUCAACUGUGAUGACAUGUGCCCCCAUUUCAUCAACCUGGGCGACCACCACCUUCGGAUUCCAUACUGGCAGCUGUUUGCAACUCUUGUCAUUUUGCACCGGUUCUCAUAGUUGUAUAAUCUCCAUCGCAAUUGAUUCUGCUUAUUCAGGCUCCAGAUGACACUCUGUUGUUAUGCGCACGCAACACGAUAGAUUACCGGAUUACCUGCCCAGCUGCUAUGUACGCAUGAAUCAUUUGGAUAGGAAUUAUAUUCACAGUCAAUCUUUAGGGUUCUCUAUUGUUGACUCAUUAUCGGUUAAUAAUUGAGCCUAUUUAGCACGUUACGCCCAACACGUUCUUUCG